AUGUCAAAUUUUGAUGUUUCUCUUCUUGGUCUUGCUACUCAACAAGUAGUAAUUUAUGUGGGGUUUUUUCUUUUUAUCGCUGGUCUUAUUGGUUGCACAUUAACUCUAAUUGUAUUUGUUAGCCUUCGAACUUUUCGAGAAAGUUCAUGUGCAUUCUAUUUGAUUGCUAUGUCAAUUGUUAAUAUUUUUCAUUUAUUUACUGGUUUACUCACUUUUAUCAUGAUCAACGGAUUUGCUAUUAAUUGGUCUGAUACAUCAUUAUUCUACUGUAAAUUUCGUUCAUUCUAUGUUCAAUUAUGUAUAUUGACAUCUUUUACAUGCAUGUCUUUGGCAGCUAUUGAUCAAUUCCUGGCGACUUGUUCUCAACCUCGUUGGCAACAAUGGUGUAAUCUCAAAUCAGCUCGCUCAUAUAGAAAUGUUCAACAAAUAGCUUAUCGAACAGUGCCAUUAGUUCGACGUGAAUUAGACAAACAAUUAACAGUGAUAGUUCUUGUACAUGUUUUUUAUGAUGUUAUUGUUGUUAUGCCAUCGAUUAUUGUAAGCAUAUUUACUAUUAUUUCUAUCACUGCUACUAAUCAAAAUAUUGCUACGCUACUGAACUAUAUCAGAAAUUUAGCAAUUAUCAUUUAUUAUUUCCGUUAUGCAGGUUCAUUCUAUAUAUAUGUAUGUGUAUCAAAACGAUUUCGUCAACAAUUAUUCUAUGUUUUAUUUAAAAUUCAUUUCAAUCAGUUUUGUCAUCGAAGAGCAAACAAUAAUCAAGUAGAACCACAAAUAUGA